AUGAAAUAAGUAAAUAAUGUCAACUAGUUGUAAUAAUUAGAUCCAAUAGAGGUGAUUGAAAAUUUAGAAACAUUAAAAAAAGUGAUUAAACAAAAGGAUACAUAAAUUAAAAAUAUGGAAACAGAAUUUUAAGAGAGAUUGAAUGCAUUUUAAUUAGCUGUUGCAAGAGAUUAAGAUGGAUUAAAAUAAGACAUAAUCUCAUUUAUAUUAAAAGACAAUGAAUAAUAAAAAAAGAUUGAAUAACUUCAUAUAAAUUAUGAAUUGUAAGUUUUAAUAUUAACUAUAUAUAGAUUGUAAAAUUAAUUAGAAGAGACAUUCUUAGAAAGUAAUAACAAAAUAAAAACCUUACUUGACAUAAAUGACAAAAAAGAUCAUGAAAUAGAACAGCUUAAAUAAUAAAUAAGAGAUGCUGAAGAUAGAGUAAAUCAACUUAGAAAAAAUUCAAUUUCAAAAGAUAGGAAUUUAUAUGAAACAGAAUCAUUAAUCAAUAAAAAAGUACUUGAUCUUUAAAAAAGAGAAGCUGAUUUGACAUUUAAACUAAAACAAGCUUUGGAAAAAGUAAUAAUAAAUUCAAAUUUUAUUAGAAUGAGUAAUUGUAAAACUAUUUUGAAAACUAUUAAAGUGAAAAGGAAGUUAAAUUAAUCAAAUAAGUUGAACAUCUAAAAAAGUAGAAUACAUCCUAAUUAAACAAUAUAUCAUCAAAUUAUGAAGAUUAAGUUAAAACUUCAAAAGAAGUUAUUGAGCAAUUAUAAGAAAAUAUUCUAAAUUAAAAAGAAAGAUUUUCUUAAAUUUAAGAUGAAAAUUAAAAAUUGAAAUGUGAAGUAGAAAUAGCGAAUUCAAAAAUAAAUUGUAAAUAAUUUAUAUAAAAAUUUAGAAUUAUUAACAAUUAUUGAUAAGCUUUAGGAAACAGAAUCUUUGCAUGAUUAAACUAGGAGGCAAUUAUAAUAGAUAGAAGAUAGUAAAAAAGUAUUAGAAAGAAAUUAUAAAUUGUAUAUUAUUAAAUUAUUAUUUUUAGAGAAAUAUAAGCUUUAUAAAUCUAAUUGGAGGAAGCAACAAAAUAUAUAGAUUUGACAACAAAUCUUUAAUAAAAACUGAAUAAAAAAGAUUAGAAAUUAUCAUAUUUUAAAAAUGAAAACUAAUAAUUAUAAGAAUUAGUUUAAGAUUUAAGACUUUAAGUUUCAUGUGUUGAAUAACAUUUUUAAUAAAAUGUUGAUGAAUAGAGAAAAGCAAAUAUUUUAUUAUCAAAUAAAGAAUUCGAGCUUUAAACUAUAAUUGAAAGCUAAGCUUAAAAUUUUGUUGAACAGGAAUAAAAAUUGAAAUAAAACUAUGAAGAAUUAUGGUUAGAUUAUUAAAAUUUAUAAUAUGCUUAUGAAUUGCUAAAAUAAAAAAGUGGAGAAGAUUCAUUUAGAUUAAAAUUAUAUAAAACUAAUGAAAAGAGAGGCAGUAGAGCAAUUCAUGGAAGUCAAACAAGAAUGACUAUUGCUGAGAGAGAUCAUCAAAAUAAUAAUGAAACUAUAAAAAUUAAUGAUGAAGCAUUUUUAAAGACUUUAGAAAAUUAUUAGAAAUAAGAUUAAUCAAAACAAACAAAUAAAAAAUUAGAUCGAAAUGUAUAUGUUAGAAGAGUUUGA